AUGUUUUCCCGACAAAUCCCAUUUCUUCUAGCAUGGAUGUUUGUACUUGUUUGUGUGGUUCAGGGACGUUUUAUAAAUUUCCAACAUGGAUAUGAGUACCAGUAUACCUUCCAGUCCGACGCCACCAUUAAAGAUGUUGGCCAGUUUAAUGUCCAGUCAAAGGUUAGCUUUACAAAUAUACAAGAUACUCCAGGGGGCCAGGAGCUUCUGUUGAGGGUAUAUGGCUUCCGGUUUACCCGUGCUGAAGACCUAGGUGUUGCUGGACACAACAUGGAUCUCUCCAAAUGGUUUUCUUUCGUCAUAAGCCCGCAUGGUGAAAUCCUGCGCGUGUACCAUCCACGGGAAGAUGAUGAAGUGAUUGCAGUCAAAAAAGGCUUUGCAGCACUACUAGCUGGAAAACUUCAUGACAAAAAUGAGGUGACUGGACAUUAUGGUGCAGAUGGGUGGACAUACAGUGUGGAAGAAUUUGGACAUGAAGGUCACCAUAAUGCUACGUACACAAUUUUGCCACUCUCAGAAGGGACAUCAUUCAAGAAGAUUCGGCAUUCACAUCCUGUACCCAACGCUAAAGGAAAAUAUGUCAAGACAAUGGAUUUUCAUGAUGACCUGGGCACCAUUCACUCAGUUAUGGUUGAAGAAGAUUUCACUUCACCCACACAUCCAAAGGACUUUGAUCCUCACUAUGGCAUGCGGCGUGUGAAGGCUGUGAAUGAAUUCAGUACUAUGGCCUACCCUGAAAUGUCCGCUAUGAGUAAGGGUCAUCUGAAAUUCCUUACAAGAUACAGUGCAGAGGAUGUUUGGACGAGGCCCACUACUGGGAUCAAUGUUGGUAGCAUCCACAUUGACAAGUACAACCCAAAGAAGACCAAAGUGAAUGUUGAAAAUGCACGGCGAGAUAUCCGCGGAAACCUAACUUGCAUGCGUAAUCAACCGGACCAAGGUUCUCCAAUGUUGAACGUCUGUUUCUUCAAGAUAGUUGAUAUCUUACGAAGCCUACCUGAAACAGAACAGACAAAGAUUGCUGAAUAUUACUUCAACAAAAUCAGCCGUGUUCUACACCGAAACAAGGGAGAUAUUCAGGUCAUGUUGGAUGUAUUUGGAGUGUUGUGGACAGACCAUGCUCAGGAUCUGCUGGCCAAUUAUAUCUUCCUGAAUCCUGACCCAGACCAUGUCCUCAUACAGCGACUACUGGUACAUGUAGUGGGCGUGGAUACUGUCCCCACAGAGUUAAUACUGACUACAAUGGAGGACAUUGUCUUUAACCCUUGGAAAUUCCCCAAGUCUUUCCAUGACCGGGAUACAUACCACAGGACAAUGCUGGCUCUGGGGUCAGUAGCUAACAAGCUGACCAAUGCUGGAUACAAGGAUCGUGCCCUGUGGCUGAUGGACAAAAUACAUGACAUGGUUGGACUUCAUGACCCCUGGGAAUACCGAACGAAGAGAGCAACUAUGAGUGAAGCGGAACAGAUAGAAUAUGACAGGAAACGGGUUGUUCUCUUAGAGACCCUCGGCAAUGCAAGACUGGAUGAAUCCUUUGUGUACAUCAUGUCACAUAUCAACACGACAAACUCCCCCUGGAUUAAGCGUGCUGGGUGUCAUGCUCUUAGGAAAUAUCAUCACCAAGAGGCUGCUAAUGUUCUGCUGAAUGCUGCAGUAGGAGAUGACGAUGCAAAUGUACGAUAUGAAGCCAUUCUUCUGUACCAGGCUCACCCCAAGUCCAGUGUCAUAGCACCAGUGGAUACCAGGGUAAGGACAACCAAUGGAACGAGCAUGAUUGUUGACCCGUAUUCAGCAGGGGUUUAUGAUCUAAAGACUCACCACCGCCGUCGUCGAGGAAACGCUGAAUUCCUUUCAUUUUUUCUGGAGGCACCCAGUGUAGAUUGGCGGAAGUUGUUGGGAUCUAAAACACUGGGGGCGUCCUUCGGUGUGGUGAUGGUCAAUAUCCUUGAUAUAAGCAUUGCUCCUUUGAGUGGCCAUAUCCGCAUAAAUGUCCAUGAUGAAGCGUACGCUAGGGUACAUCUGGGUCUUUUGGGAAGAAAUCUGGACUUUUUUGUGGCAAGAAUUUGUUUCAAGGGAGAAACCAGCUAUAACAUCAACAUCUUACAGGAGGGAGAAAUGAAAAAGAUAGCCAAACUUGCUAAGGACUUUGACAAGUCCAUCAAAAAUAUUGUGACAGCAGUUGAGUCAGGUGUGGACCUUUUCAAAGAUAUCAUCAGUGGCAGCUUCUCUAUUAAAGAUAUCGUCCAGGCUUUUGUGGAUGCUCUACAAGCUUUACCAGGCAAAGUUUGGGAUCUAAGGGUACGUGCAGUGAAAGCCAUGUAUAUGUUUGGACAGCUUGAUGAAAACGAACUGCCAAAAUUUCUGCGUCCUCUUCGGAAUUUGAUUUACAAAGUCACAACACUAUAUUCCAAUAUCAAAACUGAUGUUUUGAACUUCUACAAUACGCUUGUGGAAACCAUAACAAUCAUCAUUCCUCAGCAAGCCAAGUUGAUCUAUGAGGCCAUCAAGGAUAUCAUUGAUGGUUUCUCGGUCAUCACCAAGGAUCCAAAGACAGCCAUCAUGGGAAUAGGCAAAGGUGUAGUCCAGGUCUUCAUGUCUGUUCGGGAACUUCUGGAUGCCAAGAACAAAACACAGGAAGCCUGCUUCUUCUUAAAAGACCAGAGACCAUAUUGGUGGGACUUAGGAAAACAACUUGACAUUAUUUUGGCAAUGACUGUAAAUGCAUCUAAUGCCAUCCAAGAAGAAGGUACUGCAUGGGUUAACCAGCCAUUUGCGGAAGGAGAGGAUCUCAUCGCGACCUUCACUGGGGGAAAGAUGAAUACGAGUGUAGCUAGACAAGAACUACUUGACAACCUGACAGCCAUUAAGGAUGAACUAUUGGAGCCUUUUGAUGACCUCAGAACUAUUGCCAAAGAUUUCCUUACUGAGUACGGACAGGUGUUUACUCUGGUGAAGAACAUCAAGGAGGCUUACACCACUCUGAAAGAAGGAUAUGAUUUUGCUCGAUCAAUUAUUGAUAGAAUAUUUGGUCCAAAAGCUCACAAGAGCUUUCCACGCAGAAAACGACUAGAAGGUGGGGGGUGUGGUAAAGAUGGCUUUUACCCUUCCAAACUCGACAAAAGUGGACAAGCUGAAUACGAAUUUGAUGGAGUUGAUCUUAUAGUGGAGGAGGACGAGAAUGUGGUGGCACCGUUCCCAGGUUUGGUCUACAUCACGGAUAACGCUGAUGAAGUGAGAAUCAAUGCUACAGGCGGAUCACUCCGCGACAUCGUGGUAGUUAUUACAAAUGUGAACCCAAACAGCACCAUCUUAAAGGUCACCGACUCUAAUUACAUUGAGAAGCGGGUUGCUGGGGGUCAGAUCAUUGGUACAGCAACACGGUCACCAUGUGCUGGUAACAAUCACAUCCAUCUAGCUUUGUUUAAGCUGGGAGGUCUCCUCAAGAACGAGAUAGAACCAGUGGACCCAUCAAGAUUCUUGGAGCCAAGAUUCCCAGGCAUCCCACAAUGGAUACAGCAUUGUGAUGAUUACAGACUUGUGUUUAAGUUUGAGACAAUUGCUGAAGGAACCAUAGUUGGUUUAGGAGGACAAAACCAGAAUAACACCAGUCCGCAGCUGAAUAACACAAAUGUCAAACCUAUGAUCCAGCUUCCUACUGCUGAGGAUCCUGGCCAGCCUGUUCAGUCACUCAAAGAUAACCCAGAUGGAAUGUAUACUAAAAAGGACAGUCAGCCGACACUUGCAGAUGACCUUGACCAGGGGAUUGAGGACCAAUGUCCAAGUCCGACCACGUAUAAUCCAGCUUCUUCUACCACCACCACUACCACCACAGUUGCCCCGGCAACCACCCAGAAAAAAGGCUUGUUUUCUAACUUGCUGAAGAAAGCAGACAGUUUCUUAAAGAAGUUCUCGCUAAGAAGGUUAAGGAUGGGAACCAUCAUUGAGUUUCUGGAUCGUUUAGGUUUGGAUGAAAGCAAAGAAAAAAUGGCCAAUGUCAUGAAGACAAUUAAGAGAAUCAUUGACAACAAACCCUGCUUGGGCCCACAACAGAUGUCUGAUGAACAGUUACGAAUGGCGCUUCAAAGCAAGGGAAUCAACUCCACUGGAAGCCGUGAAGUCCUGAGAGCUAGACUGCUUAAAAAUGAAAACAAAUGUCCGUUGUUGUCCUUCACAAUGCCAAAGAAUGUCUACUGUACAUUCCAACAAAACUGCAUGGGAGUAGAGUGCUGUAUCAACGCAAAAGUCUUCAUGUUCCUUAAAGUGUUCAAAGCCUGGGCGAGGUUCAACCCCUGUGACUUUGAGUUCUCAUUUGGACUCGAGGACUGGAACUACACAAUAGCGUUGGAGCGGGUCUCAUUUGAUGGCCGAGAGGAUGAAAUAUACACGGGAUUGGAGUUGGAUAUAUUUGGUGGUGUGGAACUUGUAAUCAAAUACAAGAUCCAGAAGACUGACUAUGAAACAGUGGCAGACUUUGGAAUUGGAAUGUGCAGUUUGUCCGAUCCUACCCAGUGUCCACUUUUCUUCCCCCUUCUUGACAAAGCAGUUCUUCCCCUUCCUACUUGUUACCCCAAUGGUACUGUUGUAUGGCCCAAAGUUAAUUUUAAGGAAUUCUUCAGUAAGGAGGCUAUAGCGAAACGUUUGAAGGAGGCUGGUGCUGCUGCUGUCAAGAUAGCAGCAGAGGCUGCUGCAAGUGUUAUCCUUCAGAUCCUGGGCCUUCCAGCAGAUAUGUUAGACCAGACUGAUCCCUGUCCUCGUGGAGAGAUUAGAACAGAUUUACAGUUGAGGGAAGAGCUGGCAUCUCGAGGACUGAGUACUAUUGGAGAUCGUGCCACACUUUUGGAUCGCUAUAGCGAGGAUGAUAGAACAUGUUCUUUGUACAACACAAGUCUAACAAUACCAGAAAUAGCGAGUGACACCUUGAGGCAGAUAGUACACUACUUCAUCUCCAGCAAUUGUAUGAGACUGGAUGCCUGUGUUGACAUUAAUAUCCAGCAUGCGGGAUUGAGCUAUACCAAGGCAUUUAAAGCCUAUGUAGAACUUGACCCAUGUAACUUUAUCCUCCAUGCCAAGUUUGAAAAAAUCUCCAUUUCAAUUGUUCUCAUUUCAUAUGAAUGGGGUAAAACAGAGACGGUAGAACUUAUUCAGAAUGUGAUGUUAAAGUUCAGCAUUGGUAAAGAUGAUGUGAAGAAGGUGUUUGUUGUCAGUUUUGGCAUGAGUGUUUGUCCAGCUGAUGGUUCCAACUGCUUCAUAGACGACUUCUUCCUCUCCAACAUAGAAAUUCCCAUCCCAGUUUGUAAUGAAAAUUUCACACUGCCAGGUAGUGGCUCCAUCCAAGACUUCCUGACGGGACUGGGAGGGAAGAUGACAGCUGAAGCGUUCAAACUUAUACUUCGAUCGUUUGAUUUAGAUCAAGUGUUUGUGGAUGGACCAUGUGUACUGGCAGCUGGCCCCACUAAUUGCCCUGUGACCUUUGACCCUACACAAUACCUGCCUGACCAUGUUAAGAGCAUGUUUCGUUGUGAGAUGACAAAUGACUGUUUUGGAGUACAAUGUUGUCUGGAUCUCGAUUUCACUGUGCCAUUGGGAGAUGUCCAGGUGGAGCUGAAUGUUCCCUUCCACUUCAUAGUUCAGCCCUGUGACCUCAUGAUGGAUGCAAAGUUUGGGACCUAUCAGCACCAGACUCAACUGUUGACCUAUGAAUGGGGUACACCUGGUACGAUUGCCAUUGGAUCAGGAGACCAACCUCCAAUCCAAAUCACAUACAACAUUGCUCACAAUGAGGACAAGACCUCACUGUUAAUAGACUUGGGACUGACUAUGUGUUUCCCAUUGGAUGGCAACGAUUACUGUAUCCCAGAUGGCAGUUCCCUGGAACUCCUCAAGGCAGCUGAGCUUCCCUGUGAUGCCAGGGCUUUGGCUAACUUAACACAAAGCUUUAGCUUCACAAACUUUACUGAUGAACUGAGACAGGAGGUUGGAGAAGUGAUGAAAAAGAGUGCUUUGGACAUCAUGCUUAAGGCUUUGGGACUCCAAGAUUUCUUCAAAGAACCGGCUUGUGACCCAACAAAGGGAAAUUACACUCCCUCCUCAGACAGUGGCUGGAAUAACUUGUGUCCUCUGGGAAUUGUAAAAAUGCCGAACCUUCCAGACAUUGCAAAGUGUCACAUCCCUUACCGGUGCUCGGCUAUCUAUUGUUGUGCCAAGGACACCAAGCUGACUGGCCUUUCGUUUGAGUUCUUCCUUGACAUUGACAUGUGUAACUACACUCUCAAAGGUGGCAUUGAAACUACGACCUUUGAAAUACAACUUCUUGACUAUGAAUUUGGCAAGUAUUUUACAAGAAAAACAGAAACAAUUAACAUUGAAGAUGUGGUCUUCAUUGCGUACAGCUUACAGAAACCACCCAACAGAAAGAUCUUCAUUAUUGACCUGUCCUUGAGGUUUUGCCCAGAUCGAGAUCCAAAUGACUGUCUUAUUGAGAUCCCUGUUCUCCAGGCCACAGAAGUACCUCAGAUUCUGUGUGAUAUCAAUGCCACCCUGGGACUACGUGAUUUCGAUGUAAAAGACUGGAUGGCCAAUCUGGGCCAGGAUCUGACUCAGAGGCUGUCUCAAGCAGCAGUGGACCUACUGCUGUCACAGUUGGGACUGGAUGUGUUCAUGAGGGAUAAUCCAUGUAAUCGUUCAUCGUCCAAUUAUUGGCCAAGUACUCUGGGCUGGAAGGAUGAUUGUGGCCAGAGUUUCCUGACCUUGCCGGACAUCUCAGCCUACCCGAUGACGUGUGCUGUCCCAGAUUUUUGCUCAGGGAUAGACUGUUGUCUGGAGUAUUCCAACUCAUUUUUCAGCUUAACUCUCAACGUUUACCUUGUCAUUGACACAUGUAACUACGAAAUCCGUGGUGGCAUUGAAAAUUAUGGCUUUGUUGUCCCUAUCAUAAAUUACGAUUGGGGAAAACUGGAGACAGUUAACUUAAAGAAUAUACAGAUCACUUUCACUAUUGUACCCCUUCCUGAGGCAAAGAAGUUUCUGGUUGACCUAAAUGUCAGUGUUUGCUUUGAUCCGAGUACUGAAGGCACAUGUGACUUCACGAAGACAAUCUUCAAACAGACAAAACUUCAGCAGGUCCUAUGUGAUCUGAAUUCACCUCUACCAACAGAUUUCUCGCUGAAGAACUGGAUGACAGAUAAAGGUCUGGAGUUGGGGAAGAGUCUGACUACAGCUCUAGCCAAUCAGCUGUUAGAAGAGUUAGGGAUCAUGCCUUUCCUUUAUACAACACCAUGUGACCGGCAGGUUGGGAGAUUCAUUGGAGAUGAAAAUGGCUGGAACUCGGCUUGCCCAGCUAACCUGACAUUGCCAAGGAUACGGGGCCCAGCAACAUGCCAUAUCCCGGACUUCUGUACUGGUGUGGACUGUUGUGUCGAGGUCGGACCCAUUGGGAGGUCAUUCAACACUUAUGUCAUCAUGGAUGCCUGCAACUUUGAACUUCGCAUUGGCAUAGACAACUUUGGUUUCAAUUUGUCACUCUUUAAUUACGAAUAUGGCAAACAGGAACAGAUCUAUCUCAAAGGAGUGAUCAGAAUUGAUUUUACCGUGAUAAACCUUGAAGGAGAGAAGAAGUAUUUGCUGAAUCUCAACCUAAGUAUCUGUUUUGAACAAGAUGAUGCUGACUGUCUGAUCUCACUACAGAUAUUUGAGAAUUUUAAGAUGACCAAGCUAUUCUGUGACUGGAAUUCAGGGUUUAGGAUCCCAGAUUUUUCCUUGGAUAGCUACAUAGAAAACUUAGGCUUACCCUCAGGAAGCACAUUGACUGGUAUUCUUCUCGACCAACUGCUUGAGAGCACAGGGCUGGCUGCAUACCUCCUGGAAACACCUUGCGGGCAUGAUAACGUGCCAUUUGCAGCAGCCGCAGUCUCUAAUGGAUGGAAUGAUGGUACCUUAAAUCUUUUCCUUUUUAGAUUUAAUAACAUUUUGCAUAAGUGUGGCCAUAUCUCAAUCUUACCAGUGCUGCCAUCACGAGUACGAUGUCACCUCACUACAAACUGUAUGGGAGUGAGUUGUUGCCUGGAAGUGGAGGAGAUUAGUAAGUCGGUACACUUCUACAUGGAGUUGGAUGCAUGUGACUACAUUCUGAGGAUUGGUAUAGAGAGAAUACACCGCGAGAUUCUACUGUUUGAUUACACAUUUGGUACAGAGGACUUCUUCACCCUGGUGGGAAUCUUUAAAAUAACGUAUGAAAUAUUUGACCUGAAGGAAGAGAAGGAGUUCCUGUUGUCCUUAUCAAUUGCUGUCUGUUUUGAGAGUAAUGGUGACUGUUCUCUCUCUGUCCCAAUGUUUGAUCAGGAACGUAUUCCCAAACCACUGUGCAAUUUGAAUGCCACUUUUGCCAUUGCAAAUUUCAGCUUUGAUGAUUUUGUACGGGAGAGGGGUCAGGCUAUUGGUGAAGUUAUCUCCAAUGAGAUUGCUGACCAGGUGUUAGAGGCUUUAGGUAUUGCCACCUACAUGUCAGAAACGUCGUGUUCAAGGGAUCUGGCCCCAUUUUACUCCACAGAUAAUGACCACUGGAAUAUUGCUUGCCCUCAGCCAUUGAAUAUGCCAUCACUAUCUGGUCCUGUGUCCUGUCACGUGCCCGAUUAUUGUACUGGUAUCGAGUGCUGUAUUGAUGUGCCUUUCAUUCCCAAGACUUUCCGUGUGUUCAUUCUUCUUGAUGCUUGCAACAACAAGUUUGAAAUUGGAAUUGAAAAAUUUCAGUUGACAGUGUUCCUGAUCAACUACAACUGGGGAGAAUGGAAGACAUUUUACAUGAAGGGUGUUGUGAAAAUUGACUAUAUGAUUCGGAGCCUUCCUGACGAUAAGAUGUAUGUCCUGAACCUCAAUGUCAGUGUCUGUCUCUCGGAUGGUGUAUGUGACUUCCAGCAAGUCAUCUUGUCAGAUACCUAUGUCCCAAUUCCUGGCUGUGAUUGGACAGUCGGAUUCCCUGACUUUUCUCUAUCUCAAUGGCUAAGUGACAAUCAGCAGGGAGCUUCUGCAGCCUUGAGUAAUAUCUUGACAUCAGUGUUGAUGGAAACACUAGGCUGGACUCCUUACCUUAGUAAUCCACCCUGUAGUAUGUCCACCUACCUACCAGCGAAUGGUGACAACUGGAAAGUCGCAGACUGCCCUCUGGCCAUUGGUAACUCAACACUGCCAUCCCUUCCGGCUGACCUGUUCUGUCGUCUCCCCAGUCAUUGUACUGGUGUAGACUGUUGUCUCAAUAUCGACUUAAUCUCUCGCACUCUCAAUGCUUAUGUGGAUUUGGAUUCCUGUCAUUUUACCCUUAGUUUUGGCAUUGAAAAUCUACAGCAUCAAAUCACGUUGUUUACAUAUGAAUGGGGUAAACAGGAACAUAUAUACUUGAAUGGCGGCUUCAGAUUGGAUUAUACCAUAGAAAACAAUGAGGCAGACAACACCUUUAUCUUCAACCUGAACAUCAGCCUAUGUUUGGAAGGACUUUCAGGGAGCUGCAUGGAGCACAUCAGAAUAUUUAGAAAUGCAGCAUUACCUAAACCAGGCUGUAAUUGGGCCAUGGGUUUCCGUAUUCCAGAUUUCUCUGUGAAUGAUUGGAUAACCAACAAUGGUUUGACCAUCGGUCAGUCUCUAUCCCGUUAUUAUGCUGCAAAGUUAAUGGAGUAUCUGGGCGUGGCUAAAUACAUGCAGCGCACUCCCUGCCAACGUGUCAGCAGCUACUACAAUCCAUCACAGAACCAGUGGAAAAAGGACUGUCCUCUGGACAUAACUCUCCCUGAUAUCUCAUCUGUACCGAUGACGUGUUAUAUUCCGGACUAUUGUACGGGGGUAGACUGCUGUUUGGACGUUGACUUCCUGGGCAUGUCUUUCCAUAGCUUCAUCCUCUUGGACGGCUGCAACCUAACCUUACAAAUCGGAAUAGAACAACUGGCACUCAAUGAGUCCUUGAAUGGUUACUUGUUUGGGACAGUAAGACAGCUCUAUGUGGAAGGUGUUCUGAGGAUAGACUACCGGAUAGAAGAUCUGACUGUAGAGAGAAAGUACAAGGUUGAUGUCAACAUCAGUAUCUGCCUGAAUGCUGACCCGAGUGUGGCCUGCCUGUACUCUGUAGAGGUGUUCCGUAACACACUUCUUCCAAAACCUUUGUGUGACUUCAGUGGAGACUUCUCUAUACCAAAUUUCUCUCUGGUUGAAUGGCUCACAAAUAGAACCAUAGCAAUUGGGUCUACACUGGCCGCAGCUGUGGCCCAAGAACUGAUGGAGGAACUUGGACUGUCCUCAUUCCUCAAAACUGACCAGUGUUCGUUGUCCUCGGAUCUGUUUGCUAAUGCUGACAAUGGAUGGACCUCUGAUUGUCCAUUUGAGAUGACUCUGCCAUCACUAGGGUCUACAGAUAUCCGUUGUAACUUGCCUAGUUACUGCUCUGGAGUGCAGUGUUGCAUGGAGGUUGACUUCCUCUCUCGUAGUUUCCAUGCCUAUGCCCUCAUCAACACCUGUACCCAUCAGCUGGAGGUUGGAAUUGAGAAGUUUGUCUUUACCCAAAGUCUGUUCAGCUAUGAAUGGGGUACAAGGGAAAAAAUCUGGCUGCUGGGAAUGAUUCGAGUAGAUUUUACCCUCACGGAGAAGUCUCUCACCUCCUAUGAACUCAACAUGAACAUCAGUGUGUGUUUUGAAGCCCAGGACAGCUGUUUGAUGAGUGAAUCUGUCUUCAGAAACACCGAGUUACCUAAAGUUUUCUGUACAUGGGGCAGUGGCCUCAUCAUCCCAGAUUUUGACCUUGGAGAAUGGGUAACACAGCAGUCUGGAACACUUGGACCAGUUCUAGCCAACACUCUAGCAGACUCCUUAUUAGACGUUUUAGUAGUGAAGCCAUAUCUUAACGAUCCUAUGUGUUCACUGACCGAUUCUGUUUACACACCUGCAGUAGGCGGUUACAAAGAUGAAUGUGGUGUAUCAUUGCCGAGCCUUCCGUCAGGAGUGUCCUGUCACAUUCCUACAUCAUGUUCUGGCAUUGAUUGCUGUGUAGAGGUUCCUCUCAUCUCCAAGUUCAUACAUAUCUACACCGAACUGGACCCUUGCAGCUACAUCCUGAGACUUGGCAUAGAGAAACUUUCCUUCAACAUGUCUCUUAUAGAAUAUGAAUUCGGUCAGGAACAUAUCUUCUUACUUCAGGGAGUAUUCAAAAUCACAUUUGUGAUAGAUGAUCUGAAAGCAGAACGUGCAUACCUGCUGAACAUGAAUGUGAGCGCUUGUUUUGACACUAGAAAUGAUGAUCUUUGUGUGAAAGUACCAGUUCUUAUCAACAGCAAAUUACCUAAGGUGUUGUGUAACUGGAAUCUCGGCUUCAAGAUACCAGAUUUUUCCCUCAAUACUUGGCUAACAAGCAGAGGUUAUGACCCUGCUCAGAACCUACAGGACGCAGCUUUCAUGUACCUGAUGCUGGAGUUGGGGAUAUUUGAUUAUCUCGAUGACGGCCAGUGUGAUGCCAGUGUAUCUGGAUGGCAGUCAACAGGUUGUGGAGAGAGUCUGACACUGCCAACCCUUCCAGGGAGUACCUCUUGUCGCGUCUCUGACCUCUGUACAGGUGUUGACUGCUGUACAAAUGUACCCAAAUUGGCACGGAACUUCCACUCUCAUCUUCUACUGGACGCCUGUACCCACAAACUUAGCAUUGGCAUUGAGAAGUUGUUUCUCAACAUUUCCCUGGUUGACUACCACUUAGGAGUUCAUGAUAACUUCAACCUGUAUGGCCUGGUGAACAUAGAUUACUUCAUAGAAGAUGUCGCAAGUCAGAAUCUGUUUGUCAUCAACAUGAACAUCAGUGUUUGUCUGGAUAAAACCACUGUUCCUUGUGCAGUAGAAGUUGUGGUAUUUAAGGAUGUUCAACUACCUAAACCAUUGUGCAGCUAUAACAAUGGAUUCCUCGACAGAAAUUUCUCUUUGUCACGCUGGAUGAGUGAGAAAGGUUUAGCAAUAGGAAGUAAUUUGCCAUCCUGGGGCACUGACCUUCUCCUGCAGAAGAUGGGAAUAGCUGCCUUAGUUGAAGAUACUCCAUGUACGCUGAACACAGGACCAUAUGGAGACUACUCCAGUGGCUGGUCAAGUAACUGCAGCCUACCUCUGGACCUUUCCACACUGCCUAGCUACAUCUCAUGUCAUGUUCCUGACAUCUGUACCGCUGCUGUUUGCUGUGUCAGAUCCGCUGUUUUGGGACGAUCUUUUAAGGCCAGUAUGAUACUAGAUGCGUGCAACUACAAGGUCACCAUUGCCAUUGAGAAACUUACCGUCAACAAGAUACUUCUGGAUUAUAACUUUGGGCAAUGGGAGGAGAUGGACUUGGGCGGCUUGAUUGUUAUCAGAUUCAAGAUAGACGACAUCACUGCUGAGAAAAAGUACCUGAUGAAUCUGCAAAUGAGUCUUUGUUUUGAGAGUGGUGGAGACUGUAUCUGGUCUCACAACCUACUGCAGGACACUAAGAUUUCCAAACUGGCCUGUAACUGGGGUGAUAACUUCCCAAUCCCGGGUUUCCGUAUCAGUAAUUACUUAUCUGAACGUGGUCUGACUGGAGCUAUCCUGUCAAGUCUGGAAAGCCUACAGCUACUGGAAACUCUAGGAGUACUAGAAUACAUGCUGGAGACACCAUGUGACAGAGGAAGCUCACAUUUUACACCACGUAAUGCAAAAGGAUGGACUCCAGUGUGUAGUGACUCGGAUGUUACCUUGACAACACUUCCCAGCUGGGCCUCUGCUAACCUGCACAGCAGCUGCACUGGUGUCGGGAUGUGUCUGUACCUCGACUUCCUUGACCGCACCAUUAGUGCCCAGCUUGAAUUGGAUGCUUGUAGCUACCAACUCCAUGUAGGGAUUGAGCGCUUCCAGUUCAGCUUCACUCUAUUUGACUUUGAGUUUGGGACAAUUCAUCGCCUUACGAUGUUUGAGAUCUUUACAUUAGAGUACAUGAUUGUUGACCUCACAGGCGAAAGAAAGUUUAUUAUGAACAUGAACAUGAGUGUUUGCUUUGAUGACGAUCAGACAAGCUGUCAGUUCUUUGUCACUGUGUUUGACAACACCUUCCUGCCUAAACCUGUGUGUAGCUGGUCGAGGGAUUUCCUGGAUAGUAGUUUCAGUCUUCAGACUUGGUUGACGACUAAUCAUUACAGUCCGGACCAGAUCCUAUCUUCAACUGCAGUUUCCCAGCUGUUACAGGCACUCAGUCUUGGCGAGUAUGUAAAUGACCCAAUGUGUGACCGCUACAGUCAUCCCUUCAGUGGUGCUAUUCUGGGCUGGACCACAGACUGUUUUGAUGUGGAAUUACGUGACUUACCUAACAACCUUACCUGUUACCUUGACAACACAUGUAUGGGAAUAAGCUGUUGUAUGGACGUGAACUUCAUGCAAAGAAGCUUCAAUGCUUAUGUCAAGUUGGAGCCUUGUGACUACAAGAUCAGUGUAGGCAUUGAGAAGUUGCAGUUUGAGAGCAUUCUAAGUGAUUUUGAUUUUGGAAUCUGGCAUAAUGCGAAACUGUUUGGUGUCGUCAGUAUAGAUUUCAUUGUGGAUGUAUUCCAUGCUGACAACAUCUACCUGAUUUCUAUGAAUCUGAGUUUGUGUUUUGAGGCAGGCAAGCCAUGUAACCAUGUCUUCCCAAUCUUUGAGAACACUGUCAUUCCUAAACCUGUAUGUAACUGGAACAUUGGAUUCCUAGACCCUGCAUUUUCUCUGAAGCAAUGGAAGUUGAACCGUGGGAUGACUAUUGGUGAAAACCUGGCAUACCACCACGUGUCAGAGUUACUCCAAGGCAUGGGUGUAUCUGAUUUAAUCAGGCCUGAUGCAUGUAGACGUACAGAGGCACCAUACACUGGGGCCAAUAGUCUGGGCUGGAUAGAUCAAUGUUCUGGUACGACGUCGGGCCUGCAGAGCCUGGGGUCAGGAGCAACAUGUCGGGUGGUAGACACUUGUACUGGGGUAGAUUGCUGUGUGGACUCGGACACACUAGGGUUUGCCAUCAAUGCCUACCUCUAUGUGGAUGCCUGCAACUUUCAACUCUCAUUGGGAGUGGAAUUGCUACAGCUCAACUACACACUGGUUGACUUUGUCUAUGAUGAACGUCGUACAGUGUCACUCAUUGGACUUGUCAAUUUCGAUUACCUGAUCGUGGACUUAGAAAGUGAAGAUAGCUUUGUAGUGUCAGUCAACAUGUCCAUCUGUUUCGAGUCAGCAGAAGCAUGUGAAGUGUCAAUAACAUUACUGGACAGUGUAAAGAUGAAGAAACCUGUUUGUGAUUGGGGCACUGACUUCCUAAUACCAGGUUUUAGUUACAAUAACUGGCUGACAUCUCAACAGUGGCCUAUUAGUUUACCACUGGACUCUACAAUGAUCAACCGACUGGAACAUGUGUUAGGGAUUGCCUACUACUUCCUGGACAGUCCAUGUGAACGCAGUGCCUUUUCACCUGCCAAUGCCCAGGGAUGGAAUAAAGGAUGUCGCCCUUCAGUGGAUUUGCCAACUUUGAUAGAUGCGAUGACAUGUAACUUGUACGACACCAUCGACCCCAAUACGGGUUGUACUGCUGUUCGAUGUUGUACAGACGUUGCCCUCAUAAGAAGGUCCAUCUACACCUAUGUUACUGUUGAUCCCUGCAACUUCAAGCUGACUAUUGGAAUAGAAAAGUUCACUGUGAUCGUUGGGCUACUAGACUAUGUCUAUGGCACCAUAGGCCACACCUAUCUCCAUGGUGCUAUCCGAAUUGAUUACGUGAUAGAAGAUUUGGAUUCUGAAAGGAAGUUCCAGGUGUCUCUAAACACUAGUGUUUGCUUUGAUUCUAUGUCAUGUAACGUAUCUGGUGUUAUCCUAAAUGACGUCAAGCUUCCCAAGCCAGUGUGUGACCUGAGCGCAGGCUUCAUUGAUGAAGAUUUCUCCCUUGUGCAAUGGAAGAGUGAGCGUGGAGUAUUUGGUGCGGUCACCGGUUACUCUGUCAGUCAGUUGAUGGAUACACUAAAGAUCAAUGACUUCCUCCUGGAUACUCCGUGUCAGCGAACAAGUGCACCAUACAACAUGGCUACAAAUGGAAUAUACAAUGAAUGUGGCUCCCUGACCUCACUACCCACCAUCACAGAACCAGCGACCUGUCACAUUCUCAGCUAUUGUACGGGCAUCCACUGUUGUAUGAAGCCUGAUGAUGUGGACAUCACCUUCCAAGCGUUCAUCGAGUUCCUGCCAUGUCAGUUUGAAAUGAAAAUGGGGAUAGAGAAACUCACCUUCACGCAGUCAUUGUUUGAUUUUGAAUUUGCAAACGACUAUGAUUUCUACAUGUUCGGCGCUGUGCGGAUUCAUUUCAAUGUCAUUGACUUGGUAGAAGCAGGGCUUUACGUGGUCAAUGCCAGGUUCAAAGUCUGUUUUGAGGCCGAUGAAUCAAAGCCUUGUGAUGUGGAUUUCACCUUGUUUGAUCAAUACCUUCUCCCCAAACAGACUUGUAACUGGGCAACAGAUUUUAAUGUGCCAGGGUUUUCUCUGGUUACCUGGCUAGCAUCUGAGGGCCUGUCUAUGUCUGUGCCCCUCCCACCAGUCACUGUGUCAAAUCUCUUGUCCUAUUUGAAACUUGCUGCUUACCAGUAUGAAACAUCAUGUGACCAGAAGUCAGGCAUUUACCUAGCAACUACAAACAUCUGGAAUCCAGAAUGUCCAAAGACGAUUGACCUCCCAACAGUCUCGGAAAAUAUUACCUGUAACAUCCCUGACUCGUGUACUGGUCUGCACUGCUGUCUGUAUGUGCCCGUUUUGGACCAAACUUUCCAGUUUUCUCUCAGCAUUGACUCCUGUUAUAAGAAACUGCGAGUGAGCAUUGAGAAGAUCUAUCAUGAGGAGUCCCUGAUCGAUUAUCUGUUUGGAACAGAGAAACACUUCUACUUCUAUGGAGUGAUCCGUAUGGUUUACAAGAUAGAGUAUUUGAUGUAUGACAGAAGUUACCUGGUAUCUCUGAGGAUACAGGUGUGUUUCGAGACCUCCGGAUCAUGUAGUCAGGACUUUACUCUCCUUGACACUGUACGCUUUCCAGAACCAGAUUGUAGCUGGGAUGCAGGGUUUGUCAGAACAGAUUUUUCACUAAGUCAGUGGUUACAGGAAAGAACAGUCGCCCCAGGUGAAAAGCUGUCUUCAGUGUAUGAGAGCGAACUAAUGCAGGACCUGUCGCUGGUUAGCUAUAUACAACAUCCAACAUGUAAUGGCACAACAUCUGCAUUUACUCCUUCUACUAAUGGCUGGAAGUCUGAUGAAUGUAGUGGACUACCGCAAUCUCUACCUGAUCUGUCAGCCUAUCCUGUUUCCUGUGCACUUCAAAGUACCUGUACCAGUUGGCUCUGCUGUGUGGAAUUAGGCUUUGUUCAGCAGAACCUUUUCAUACAAUUUGAUAUCAAGCCUUGCGAUCUGUUGUUGUCUGUUCAAAUGGAGGAUUUAUAUGUGGAAGUUCCACUGCUUGAAGAUUUGACAGGGAGACCAAGGACAUUCUACUUAAAUGGCAUCCUCAGAGCAGAUUAUACUAUAUACAACCUGGAGAGUGAAGGCAACUAUCUGGUAAACUUUGACCUCUCACUGUGCUUUGAGACCAGCUCCUGUCAGUGGACAGCCCCCAUCUUGAAGAACACUCUCUUGCCAAAACAAUCUUGUGAUUGGAACAGACCAAUGGCUGACUCUGGAUUCUCCCUGGCAACAUGGAAGACCUCUGUGGGUGCAGGAACGGUAUUGACUGACAAUGAGGUUUAUCGGUUAGUAAAUGUGCUGGAGGUUGGUUUCUACAUGUCUACCACUCCCUGUAAUAUAUCAGCUGCUCCAUACUCUCCAGAUGUCAAUGGCUGGAACAAAACCUGCACAGAGGAUAUAGCAACCCUGCCAACCUUGCCCUCAGGGACCCGAUGUCACUUAACAAAUUUGUGCACUGAAGUGGACUGUUGUUCUGAUGUGCCAACUAUCAAACGAAACAUCCAUUACAAGGUGCAUGUAGACACCUGCAAGAAGAUGCUAUUUGUCGGAAUUGAGGCUGUACAUGCAGAGAUUCCUCUAUUUAACUACAGGAUGGGUGAGACAUGGUACUACAAGAUCAGAGGUGUCUUCAUCAUUAGCUACAACAUCCUUGACCUGCCAGGCAGUGAGAAAUUACGUGUGUCCAUCACUAUCCAAUCCUGUUUCACCGUCGGGUCAUGUGACACACCUAUUGUGGUACUGGACGGUGUAGAACUUCCCAAACCACAGUGUAACUGGGACUAUGGUUAUGCUAUCACAGGUUUCUCCAUAGACAAGUGGCGUCUAGACAACUCCGUAGAAGUGGACAAGGCCCUUGACCAAUACCAGAUUGCCAGGCUCCUAAGGGAACUGGAAGUCUCUACCUAUUUCUAUGACAAUGAGUGUUCCUUUGCCACUGGAGUAUUUGUUGGUGCAAUUGAUGGAUGGCAUAAUGAAUGUCCUAGUGUCCAGACUCCAAUUCAGGAUGAUGCUACAUGCUACUUGUCGUCUGACUGUACUCACAUGGAGUGUUGUAUGACAGAUUCCACCAUCAACAGAAACAUCCACUCGUAUGUUAGCCUUGAUCCCUGUGCCAAUCAACUACACAUUGGUAUAGAGAAGCUGUCCUUCAAUGUGUCCCUAUAUGACUACAACUGGGGUCACCUUGAGGAGCUGGAUAUCGGGGGAGUUUUCAGGAUAGGUGUGACUAUAGAAGAUCUGACCCACGAGGACCUGUAUGUAGUGAGUGUCCUUCUGAGUCUGUGUUGGGACAGCGGGGCACCAUGUGAGAAAGUUGUAACUGUCUUUGACAACACACAGCUCCACAAAACUCCAUGUGUAUGGGCCAGGGAUUUCCCUGUGGCAGGGUUCUCUCUAACCCAAUGGUUUAGUGACACAGGAAACACACCUGUGUCUACAUUGACUGGAGAUGCACUUGUGGACCUGAUGGAAGCUCUAGACCUAUUCCCGUACUUAAAAGAUGACGAGUGUAACAUCUCAGCAGCGCCCUACUUUCCUCAGGACAGCUUCGGAUGGAACAUCAGUUGCAGUCAUCCCAUGGCAGUGCCAGACUUACAUGAUGAUGUGUACUGUAAUAUUGGAGAUACCUGUGGAUCUGUGGACUGUUGUGUAAUGUUAUCAACAUUAGGACGUUUCGUACAAACUUACGUCUUUAUAGACCCUUGUACUUACGACCUCACAGUGAGAAUUGAGAAGUACGGCUUCACCACCUCCUUACAUGACUAUACCUGGAGGACAACACGCUAUCUUUACCUCAAUGGGGUCAUCCGUCUUGAGUUUUCAAUAGAUGACCUGUAUUACCAGAAUCAGUUUCUGCUCAGUCUGUACUUGAGUGUGUGUUUUGAAUCAGCUGGAUCCUGUUUGAUUGAUCGCUCUCCAAUACUUGAAAACACACUUUUAGACCGUCCUCCUUGUAACUGGGAAUCUGCCCUUUACCUGAAUGAUCCAGACUUCGACAUCACAGAUUGGAGAACCAAAUAUGGGUUUACAAACUAUGAUGAACCACUACCCCUAUAUGCCCAAUCACAGCUAAUGAAUACAUUUGGAUUGUCUCGGUAUAUGAAGGAGACCUCAUGCUCCAGAAAUCUGGCUCCGUUCGAUUCUGCCUAUUAUGGAUGGGUUAGAGAGUGCUUGUCACCGGUUCAAAUGUCAUCAUUAUUUGGCGAGACCGUAUGUGUUUUGGAUGCUGAGUGUACUGGAAUCUCUUGUUGUGUCUACGUACCUGACCUAUCCAAGUCCUUUAACUUCUUCAUGAAGAUUGAAUCCUGUAACUACAAGUUCAGCAUCGGCGUGGAAAAUCUCUCGGACAAUAUCACCACAUUCAACUUUGACUUUGGUGAAGUUAAACAGUUUAACUUUGGAAGAGUUUUACGUAUUGACUAUAUCCUUGACAACUUGGAGGGAGCCAAUGACUACCUUAUCAGUCUCAAUAUUAGUGUAUGUCUAGGAGGUAAUGCAACUUGUAACUACGAAGAACAAAUCCUUGACAACGUCAGGCUGCCAAAAUCAACAUCUUGUGUCUAUGACGACGGGUUUGCCAUCAAUGACUUCUCCUUGAAUUCUUAUCUGACGGAUAAGGGUAUUUCUACCGGAACACCUCUGGAGGAUUAUGUUUUGGCCCAACUAUUGAAAGACAUGAAAGUUUCCCCGUAUGUGGAUACGGUGCAGUGUGACCCCACAAGUGGUCAAUAUGCUCUUAAAGAUUCUGAUGGAUGGGUACGAGACUGUGGCCUCUCCACUGCUGUAUCCUCGCUGCACUCACACAUGAGCUGCCGACUCCAAUCAGACUGUACAUCAUUUGAUUGCUGUAUGAAUGUCAGCAAGAUCAACCGCAACUUUGCUGCUUCAGUGGAAAUCAACUCGUGUGAAUCCAAACUCAGCAUCAAUAUAGACCGUUACUACAAGAAUGUCACACUCUUCGACUAUCCAUUUGGUGCAUGGGAUCACUUUUAUUUGAAAGGUUUUAUCAGAAUUGACUUUGUACUCUAUGACCUGGUUCAAGACAGAAAGUAUCUAAUAGACUUGAACAUCAGUGCUUGUCUAGAAACAUCCCAGCCCUGCGAGUUUGUUACCCAAAUAUUCAAGGACACAGCUCUCUACAAGAAGCCUUGUCAGUGGUACACUGGCUUUCUUAAUCCCGAUUUCUCUCUGAUCAGCUGGGCCAAUACUAAAGGACAAGACCUGGCACACCCACUGUCAGAACUAUACAUAUCCUUACUGAAAGAAGAGCUUGGAAUAGCAGUUUACCUGCUGGAGGAUGUUUGUGAUCUCAGUUUGGAGCCUUACUCACCACACACAGAUGGUUGGAAGGAUGAAUGUGGUGUGGACUACAAGACAACACUGCCGUCCAGUGAUAUCCAUUGUUAUCUGUCAUCUUCAUGUGGAACUGUGGACUGCUGCACAGAGGUGGCUCAACUGGACACAGCAAUACGGACAGCGGUUACUCUUGACCCAUGUAACUUCACUCUGACAGUUACCAUUGAGAAACUCACCUUCACCAUUGCCUUGUUUAAGUACAAUUGGGGAACUAAUCAGACCAUGGAUCUGUAUGGAGUUUUCAGGCUUGAUUUCAAUAUAGACAAUUUGUAUGAAGAGAAAGCCUACCUGAUCAGCCUGAAUCUGAGUCUAUGUUACGAGGCUGGACAGUCGUGUGAUGUCGUCAUCCCGAUCAUGGUCAAUAAUCUGCUUAGGAAACAAACUUGUGACUGGGGCACAGAAUACAGGAUUGAUGGCUGUGCCUCGGUGGAGGUGGACUUCAUACACAGACGCUUCAGUACCUACAUUAACCUGGAUCCUUGUGAGUCACGUCUCAGCAUUGGUAUAGAGAACGUUAUGUACAACACUACACUGUCUAGUGACAUCCUUGGAACAGUGCAGAACUUCUGGAUGGAAGGGAUCAUCAGAAUUGAUUAUAUCAUUGAGGAUCUUUACGACAAUGAGAGAAUGUACCUAAUGAACAUGAACAUCAGUAACUGUUGGGAAACAGCCUCCCCACAAUGUUCUGACAUUCACGUCGUGUUCAAGAAUACCUUGCUUCCCAAACCCAUCUGUCUGUGGAACCAGAACUUCUUUAACCCAAGUUUCUCCCUCAAUAACUGGCUGGCUGAAAACCAAUACACCAUGUCGCGGCCAGUAGCCCCACAUGUGUCGGCUCAUCUACUUGACCAUCUAGGGCUGUCGGGACAUCUUCUGUGGCCCACCUGUGACCGGACAGACAACAUCUACCAGUCAUCAGAUGGGACAGGCUGGUUUAAAUCAUGUUCCAGGACUGUGGACCUUCCAACACUGACAAACUCAGCGGUGUGUCACCUGAAGACUGACUGUACCAAACAUGAGUGCUGUAUCUACAGUGAUCUGGUAGACAGGUCGUUCCACACCUUUAUUGACAUUGACCCCUGUAGAGAGGAGAUGACUAUCGGCAUAGACAACUUCCAACGUGUAGUGUCUCUGAUUGGGUAUGAAGGAGGUGUUGAGGAACAUUUCUGGAUGGCAGGAGUUAUCCGACUUGACUAUGAGGUGUAUGAUUUCUACCAUGAGCAAGACUUCCUGGUAUCAUUGAAUGUGAGUGUGUGCUUUGAUGCUGGUAACUGUGAUAUGGAAAUUGUUGUGCUGGACAACACCAGACUCCCUAAACCUUUGUGUACCUGGGACAAAGACUACUACAUACAAGAUUUCAAAUUGUCAACAUGGAAGCAGGAGAACAACAUUGGAGUGGGAGACAGUUUACCUACUUGGGCAGUGUUGCUGCUGAUGGAGAAACUACGCCUUGCUAGCUACUUGGAGGACCCUAUGUGUGCCUUGGGAACUGGACUGUAUGAUAAUUCGGAUCCUGCACUAGGCUGGAGUAAAGCUUGUCCUUUGACCUUGACCUUGCCUGACCUUGCUGAAUCAUCGGCUAUCAACUGUCAUCUGACGGAGCUGUGUACAGCGGUUGAAUGCUGUGUUACCUCUGACCUGGGAAGAAAUUUCCAUGUAUACCUUCAGUUGGAUGGGUGUCAGUCUUACUUAAACCUGGGUAUUGAUAAGUUCUUCACGAAUGUGUCGCUUACCACUUUUACAGAAUGGCGACAAGAACAGCACUUCUAUCUCGGAGGAAUUGUACGACUAGUGUAUACAAUUGACCACUUUGAUGAUGCCAAGGAGUACCUGAUUUCCAUGAAUGUUAGCAUCUGUAGUGAGAGUGACCAGGUGUGUGAAGAUAAUCACCUCGUUCUGGCUGAUGUUCGUCUACCUAUACUGCCAUGUAGUUGGAAUCAGUCCUUCCUACAGCCAGACUUCUCACUGGUGACAUGGCUGGGUGAUAACAUGCUCUCUACUCCACUGACUGGACCUGACUUGUCCAAAUUGUUUGUGGACCUCGGACUGUCCUGGUACAAAUUAUCAAUACCAUGUAUGCAGGCGACCUUUGGCAACAGCGUCCCAGGAACAGACGGCUGGGUUAGAGAUUGUCCAACAUCCAUAAAUGUGUCUGAGGUGGCCACUUACAACACAGACUGUCUGCUAGCUGAUGGUUGUAAUUCAAUUCAGUGUUGCAUGACUGGAAGUGACCUUGACUAUGCUUUCCAUGCUGGUGUAGACAUUGAUGCUUGUGAGAAUCAACUUGUCGUCACUCUGGAGUCCUUAUCCAUACCAGUGCUUUUCUCUAGCUUCAGUUGGGGAGAGAAAGUUGACUUCCAGCUACAGGGUGUUGUUCGGAUGAGAUUGGAGAUUUACCGUCUAGUAACCGAGGGUAACUACGAAGUCACCUUAGAUCUUAUGGUGUGUACAGAGAGUGCCGGGCCCUGUGAUCUGAUUGUGAAUGUCUUAAACCAAACAAAACUGCCAAUCAAGUCAUGUGACUUCACAACAGGAUUUGCAGCGAAAAAUCCAUUUUUCUCACUGACUUCCUGGCUCACGGAAAAGAAUCUGGACCCUGCCUUAUCUCCCCUGCCAGACUACAUCUCCUAUCAGCUGCUGGAGGAUCUUAAAGUAGCCCAUUUCAUGAUGGACUCACCUUGUAACCAGUCAACUGACAUGUUUGCUGGGGCAACUGAUGGAUGGAGUGAUGACUGUCAUGUUAUUGCCUCCCUACCAACACUGACUGGCUUAGCUACAACCUGUUACCUUGGUGACUCCUGUAGCGAUGUCCAGUGUUGCAUGAUGGUUGAACGUAUUGACACAAACCUCUUUGCCUCACUAACUAUGGACCCCUGCAGAAAUUCAUUGAAAAUCCAACUGGAAACAAUAAAAGUGGACAUUGAUCUUCAUUCCUUUGAUUUUGGUCUGGACCAUACUCUGUCUCUGUAUGGACCGUUUCAACUUGUGUACGAGGUAAUAGACCAACAGAUAGAGAGAAAGUACUCCUUCAAUAUGAGGAUUGAGGCUUGCUUUGAGGUGUCUGGUCCGUGUGAGAAACAGGUUACCGUGUUUAAUGACACAACAAUCGACAAACCAACCUGUAAUCACACAGCUGGCUUCUACAACUCCUCAUUCUCCCUGACGAGUUGGAUGAAUGAUAGAGGUCUUGAUGUGAAUGACACUUUUUCCUCGGCCCAGAGUGAUGAGUUGAUACGAGACUUACGAUUGGAUGACUACAUGUCUACAACGGAGUUGUGUGACUAUUCUGCUAAAAAGGAGGAGGUAGAAAUGUAUGGCUGGAUCAACGAUUGCACUAAUUUCACCACCAGUAAUAUGUCCUACUUGGCCAAUAUCUCCGAGUCAGUUCCGGCAGUUUGUCAAGUUGUGGAUACCUGUAAUGGCCUCACCUGCUGUCUAUACGCUGAAAGACUUCAACGAAGUUUACGUGCAGUUAUUACUCUUGACACCUGUACCUUUACUCUGAGAGUGCAGCUGGAAAAUCUCAUACAGGAAUUAGACUUGCUUAACUAUCCAUGGGGAACACUUGCAGAGAUUCAGUUGCAUGGUGUCUUUAUAUUAAGCUACUCGGUGAUAAGUAUUCCGAGUCAGAAGAGGUUUUCUUUAAAUGCUGACAUCAAGUUGUGCUAUGAACAAUCCAAUUGUAAAUAUGAUUUUGAAGUGCUCCACAACACUUACCUGGAAUAUGAAGUGUGUGAUCCAAGUAUCCCGCUCCCCUUCCAAGGAAUGACGUUUGAUUUCUGGAGAAGAAAUGAGUGUGCGGCAGUGUCGGGAUCUGGAAGUUGUUCUGGUAAUCUGACAACAUACGGUGCUGCUAACUGUAAGAUGGUGGAGUCAUGCGGUGGAGUUGACUGUUGUAUGAGUAUGAACUUUAUCCCUGGCGCACGGCGAAUCAGGCUGACUUUUGAGACAGACAAGUGUGCUGACACGCUUUCUUUCAGCCUUGAGAACAAAGCAUGGACCAAAACUCUCAGUGCAAUCAAUGGUGUCAAACAUUCAGAAACAAUUGGCGUGAAACCAUCCUUCACGUUGAACUACACUGUCACAGAGAUUGGAGCCAGUCAAUUCAGGAUCAGUCUUUCUUUGGAAGUGUGUGAAUUGUAUGGAGAAACUUGUGAAAGUCAUGACAUCAUGACCAACACAUAUCUCACUUACUCUUCCUGUACUCCAGCUAGGCGCCGCCGACGCAGAAGAAGUGCCAUUCAAAAACGGGAUGCUCAGGAACUGGAUGUUUCAGACCUGAAUGGUGGUCUGAAGAUUCUUCGAGAUAGAGGUGCCACUGAGGAAGAGUAUGAUGUAUUUAUAGAACAAAAUCUUGUCUACGUGGAAGCACAAGAACUUGCUAACCUAGAAGGAGCUGAAGUGGGAGAUGAUGACAAUAAAAUUGGGAUUAAGUCUGCCAUCAAAGCCAUGGGCACAGGCAACCCCCUCACCAUAACAACCACAGGAAGAUUGGAAAGUGAAGUUACCAUACAAGGAGGUGAUGCUAUCACAGGAAUGCUGGGGAAAGUAAAUGAUAUUGCUGGUCAUGCAGAACAAGCUUUUGUCGCGGGCCAGGGUCUAUCACAAGAAGGUGUUCGUAUGCUUGGUCGUAAACUUGCCUGUAUGACUAUCGGGGAUCUUGAGGCUAUGCUAGAUACCCAGAAUGUGGACCCCUUUGAAGUUGCUCAGCUGAUGAAAGACUUGAAUGACUUGGGGAAGGCUUUGUACUCUGACUUUAUCGAGAAGUUAUUCAGUGACUCAGAAGGAAUCUUCAAAUCAUUUGAUGUGACGCUGAAAGGAGAUUUCAGUUUUCCAAGACAAAGUAUUGAACUAUUCAGCUUUUCUAAGUUCUUCCUGGUAGGAGGACUGGUUCCUAUGACAUUUGGUUUUGGUGCUGGUGGUUACUAUGGGAUGAAGUUUGAGGUUGGGGCCAAAAUAAUGGACAUGGCAGCAAUAUGUGGCGUAGAGCCAUAUGGAGGACUGACAGUUUGGGGUGAGCUAGGUGUUGGCUUUGGCCUGGUUGGCAAGCUACGUCUUCAAGGAAACCUUAUGGAUCUGCGUUUCCCUACUACAGCUGAAAUUGGUUUCAAGAAGUUUCCUAUAGAUGUUAAAUUGAUAAUGUAUCUUAAAUUGACCCCGAUCACACUCAACCUGUAUGCCUUGGUGACAUUGGAGAUUGACCUUGCCUUCAUUUCCUUUACUAAGACAUUGUUUAAGACCAGGCUGUUCACCUACUCCACACCAACCAUCUCGAAGAAACUCAUUGACAAUACAAAGGAAGACCCAGAUGAUUCUCCACCACAGAUCAAAAGUUUCACUGGUGAUGGCAGUGGGGAAACAGGUUCCUGUUCAGUCCAUCAAUUGUCUGGGCGAGAUUAUACAGAACCAAUGGUAGAGAUCUCUCUCCAGGCCGAUGACGACAAAAGUGAAGUCACCAUGACGUUAGAUGUGGGUACUGUGGCUGGAGCGAAAGAUGUGAUGGAAGGCAAACCACUUGGAGGACCCUUAGUUCAAAUUGAAGAGCGUAUGAAUCCUACUGGUCUACCAUUGAAUUUCACUGUGACUGUUGCCAAUGACGCUGGCACAGCAAUCAAGGCAGUGUGCUGGAUUCCAACUUAUGAUGUGACCAUCCCGGGAGGACAAUUCCGUGCAGAUUUCUCAUCCAGUAGUAAUCCAGAGGACAUGAAAGCAUCUGUGGUUGUAUUUGACGAUUCGUUGAUUGAUUCAGCAGAGGUAUCCAUUGGAUACGGACGUGAAGUUUACGGUGACCAAGUCCUGAUGUGGGAGGAUGUCAACCUAUACAAGAGAUUUCAUGAUGUAGAUAUAAGCAAUGAUCCACUUAACAUCAAGGUACUAGGUUUGUUUAAUGGUGGUCGGUUUGGACGUUUGAUUGGUCCAGUGUUCAUGGAGCUGAAUCAGAUCAACACAGUUGGGGACUGCAUGCGACAAUGUGCCAACUACCCAGACACCAAGUGCCUUAGUAUAAACUUUGACUUCGGUACGAGUGGCCAUUGUGAACUCCUGGAGGCUAUUGAAGGACAUGAUCAUAAAGUGUCUGUGUCUGGGCUGUACUCCCACUAUGAGAGACUAGGAAUUGGACUUGCAGUUGAGUUUUCCUACAGCGGUCUCUCACUGCUUCAUAACAUGACAGUCUACUUCAACUUGCGCCUUGUCAACGCAUUGGAAUACAUGAAUAUAAUCUCCACCGAGGCAAUCCUAUCGGAUUUCACACCUCCUGAACCAGGUGUCAUAAUGAAUGCCACGGAAGACCGUCUUGAGUACGUGACAUGCUCUUCACAGAUACCUGAAGACAGACCUGACUGGCUGCCUCGUUGUGUCGGCAUGUCAGACAGAGUCAAUAACCACAGGAAUAUCAUUGAUGGUCCAGGUUCUACUACAAUUCUCAAUGGCAAUGAUCCUGGAGACGAGACGCUGUAUACACGAGCCAAUCGUUACAUCUCUGCCAAUUGGAAUGGUACAAAUGAUAAGGAGACAGGUAUACUUGGUUACACAAUAACAGUGGGACUACAUUAUUGUGAGGACAUGAUUCACCCCCACCACGACCCCCAGAAGCACCUGUUUGAUGAGUCACAAUGGACCUUACAAGCUAUGAUAUAUCCACUUCCUGCGGGUUAUGAUCCCUUAGAUGACGGAAGAUAUUUCAUUUCCCUCCGUGCCUUGAACAAAGUGGAGUAUGGUGGACCGUUGGUAACAACUAUCUGUCACACAACCCCAUACAUCAUUGAUAACUCUCCACCAAUUAUAUACGAAAUCUAUAACAUCACUUACAAUGAAAUCACUACACUGCUCACAGCCAUGCAUAACUCUACAGAUCCACAGUCAGGAUUAGAGUAUAAUGACAUAUGUCUAGGUAGAACCACUCGGGACUGUUAUGUCUCCAAUAAUCUCUGGGAGCGCUACUCAUACAGCCCUUCUAUCCUACACUACUACUCGCUACCCGAUGGAAUUCCAGUGUGGGUGAAGAUCAAGGCCAUCAAUUACGUGGACUUAAGAACCAUCAAAGUGGCCAACUCCCCAAUCAUCAUUGACACGUCACAUCCGUUCCCUGGAGUUGUGAAUGACGGACCUAUCUAUGGAGUUGACCUUGAGUAUACAAAGGACUUUGAUUCUCUAUGUGUGAACUGGCAGGGAUUUUAUGACCCAGAGUCUGGAAUAGCUUACUACCAAGUGAGUAUGGGAUCAGUCGACAGCAUCAACGUUACUGACAUAGCAAAUCUUACCCAAUACACUCGCCUUGACCACGAAGCAUGUGUCACUCUGAGUCCGGAUAAUUAUCUACAACAUAACAGAGAGUACUUUGUCACUGUGUGGGCAUACAAUGGAGGACACAAGCAGUUAGCAGUAGCAAAGAUAUCGGAUGGAGUUGUUUGUGACCUAACUCCCCCUGUACCUGGUGAAGUGGUUGAUGGUAACAUAGAGAACUUUGAAGAUCAAGUUUACACAGCUGCACGAGCAAAGGUCGAAGGUCAAUGGAGAGAUUUCUCUGACAUUGAGUCACAUAUCAAGGACUAUAAAGUGCAAGUGCAGAGAGCAGUAAAUUUGAGUAUGGACUAUGAACUGCUGAGGGAUUGGACUACAUUUGAUAACGAAACAUUCAGUGUGAAGUGGUUGAACUUUCACCUGAACCAUCGAGACAGGGUUAAGCUUGUUUUGAAUACAACCAAUGGAGCCCUAAACACUAUCCAGAAUGAGACUGAUGGCUACGUUGUAGACCUCACCCCUCCCAAAUUGUUCUAUCUAGGGGACGGUUUGAACCCUGGAAUGGACAUUCAGUUCCAGGCUGAUGCAAACAGUUUAUCUGCUAACUUCAAGUUUGAGGAUGUCGAGUCAAACAUCAACCACUACAAGUUCCAGAUCUAUGAAAAGAAAGGAGGAUCUCGCACUCAGAUUUACCCAGUAACACAAGGGGAGUGGCUAGAAUUGAAUGAUGACCCAGCUCGAACUGUCUUCACUCAUACCACAUCUUCACUUAGUACUGGAAGCAGAUACAGCAUUCGUGUCGGAGCUAUCAACAACGCCGGGUUUGUGGCAGCGUUUGAAACGGACGGUGUUGUUAUCGACGUCUCAGCACCAUUGACAUUGUGGGUUAGGGUAGGAAUCCUCAACAAUGAUUUAGAGGAAAAGGUUGAAGGUUAUGUGUGGCAGGCUGAUCGCACUGGAAUCAAAGCCAAGUGGUUUGCUACAGAUCCUCAGUCAGGAAUCAUUGGAUACAAAGUAGCAGUUGGCACCACUCAAUAUGGCACAGACAAGCUUGACUACAUAGAAGUUAGCGACAAUGAUGUGUACAUUGCCAACCUUGACCUUGAACUUACUGACCUGAAUACGAAGAGUCCAGUUUAUUACGUCUCUGUCAAGGCCAUCAAUGGUGCAGGAACUGAGAGUGGAAAUGUCAUAACAUCUACACCCAUUGUAGUCGUGGAGCAGGAUACCGCAGGUUAUGCUAUAGAUGGUGCCGAGGGUCUGGAGAGUGAGAAUAUCAUGUCUAUGGAUAUUGACUACACAAUGGACUUCUCUGUGGUAACCACCCAGUUUGAGGGCUUCACAAGUGACCUCCAUGGGGUCAUGGCUUUUGAGUGGGCUGUUGGUACCAGCCCUGGGGGUGAGGAGGUCCAGCCCUUCAUGACUGCAGGAAUUGUACAUGAGGAGGACGAAAACAUUCCUGGAGAUGGUGUAGCCAGUAGUGGAUUUGCUCAGGCCACUGUGCAGUUAACAGCCAACAAGACUUACUACACUACCAUUCGAGGAAGGACAAAUGGAGGAAACAUCCUACAGUCUACGACCGAUGGUUUCACCAUUGAUCUCACUCCACCCAGUAUAGUACUGGAAAGCUUGACCGACAAAUUCGCAUCCGAUACAGACAUAACAGAGGGUGCCACCAUAUACCAGGAGUCCCCGGACUCCAUGACAGCAAGUUGGCAGUACAACGACACAGAAAGUCCAGUGAUGGAAAGCUGGUACACUGUGGGCACUUAUCCAUUCGCAGAUGACAUCAAAACAAUGCAGUAUGCUGAAAUUACCUCACUUGGAUUAAGUUCAAUGCCCCUUGGGUCAAUCACACCUGAGGUUACAGGAAAGCCCAACAUUCUAAGUGUGUGGGCAAAGAACAAGGCAGGGAUGAUAGAAGGUGUGGCUUCUGGCUCGGUUGUGUUUGACAGUACUGCACCACAGUUAGGUGACGUAACCUGUCCAGAUUAUGUACAGCUGAAUGCGCCUGUGUUGUGUACAUGGACGGGCUUUUUUGAUGAGGAGAGUGGUAUAGACAAGUACCUCAUAACCAUGGGACAGAUAGAGGGCUCUGACGACAUCUUCAAUGGCGGCGAGGUGGAGGGCAGCAUCACCAGCUACUCCAUCACAGGUCUAAGUGGCAAGCUGAAGCAUGGCAACACCUACUUUGUAACAGUAACUGCUGUCAACAAAGUAGGACUGGAGAUAUAUGCUUUCUCCAAUGAAAUAGGAAUUGAUACAACACCACCUGUAGCUGGUCUUGUAGUGGACCUCCACACCGUUUACCGUGUAGAUGUAAACAAUGGUGAUAACACCGUUGCUUACAACAGAAAAGUCUGCAACACAACUGAAGACUGCUUGGCCCUGGAUGCUGUUUGUACCGAGUCCUUGACAUCACUAUCAGUCACCUGGCAACCAUUUUCUGACCCAGAAUCUAACAUUGUGAGUCAUCAGAUAGCUAUUGGAACGACCCCUGGUGGAGGUCAAGUGAAGCAAUUCUUUGAGAUACCUAAUGACUCCAAACACUACACUGUCAGUGGUCUUGAUCUUCAGGGUCAAACACAGCUUUUUGUGUCAGUUAAAGUUAUAAAUGGAGCAGGAUUGACAACAGUAGCAACAUCCAAUGGAAUUUACAUGUCCUACCUCAGUCAAGGGUUACCUCCCCUUAGCCCUGUUGCCAUCAUUGAUGCUGUGGAAAACUCCAUAGGAGACGUGAAUUAUCAGACAGAUUUAGGAACACUGCGAGCAGAGUGGGACGUCAGUGGAGAUCCCUGCCCAAUACUUAGUUACUACUGGCAGUUAGAACGGAUAGAUGGAACCAUCAUCAUGCCCUAUCUGGACAUGCAGACUCAGACAGUAGGUGUGAAUGACGGCCUACAAAUGCAGGACCGAGAAAUGUACUUCUCUAAACUGAGGGUCACCAAUGCCCUUAACUAUACAUAUGUUAUACGGUCUGAUGGUGUCACCAUACAACAAGAUCCUCUACUGCCAGGCAAAGUGUUUGAUGGAGACAUUACUGGUUUUGACCUUAACUUCCUGCCCUCCAGGACAACCAUCUCUGCCAACUGGAUGGGUUUUGGUCAGCCUGCUGACUCUCUUGUACAGAUAAAUGUUGAAUCAGGUAACCCUGGUCUACAGGUAGGCAAUGACCUGGAACAGGAUGGUAAUCAGCUUAUCUCCUUUUAUGAAGUUGCCAUAGGAACAGACAGAAGAUUUCCAAAUACCCGAAACAAUGUUGUACCAUUUACAAAUGUUGGUCCAAAUACAACUGUGACUUUGUAUGACCUUGACCUGACCCCAAUAACAGCUGUGUAUUAUGUCACAGUGAAAGGAACAAGUACUUCCUACUCUGAAGCUACAGUCACAUCUAACGGCUUCCGAGUGGGAUAUGAUAGUGCAAUUAUGCCGGGAGAAAUUGUACUGACAACCUAUGUGAGUACAUACCAGUACUUGGAUGCACAGUGGGAAGAAUUCACAUCAAACCUGGACAUUCUCAUGUAUUAUGUGGCUGUGUCCAACAAUUCUGAUGCCAACAACACUGACUGUAAACUGUAUAUUGAAGGCGGUAAGGCCACACAGCAAAUGAAGCAGCAACUUUUUACCGAAUACAAUGUGACCAACCUAGGCAAGAACUCCUUCAUGAAGAUACAGCCCUUAAACUUAACACAGGGAGAAUCCUACUUCCUGUAUGUCAUGGCCACUGACAAGUCUGGACAAUGUGCAAUGACGAUGAAGGAGUUCACUACUGAUACAACCCCUCCCAUCAUAGGACGCAUGAAGGCCGGCAUAUUCUAUGAUAUGCCUGUAUCUUACACAACUGAUAACAAGUCCAUCACAAUCCAUUGGGAAGGCUUUGAGGAUAAUGAAUCAAACAUCACCAGUUACUCUCUAUCCUUGUACAAGUAUGCUUCCUGUAGCGUCACCGACAACACUGAAAUACUCGUCAUGGAUUGGAUUUCACUCUCCAGUAAUAAUUCUGAAUUUACCCUAGUUGACCUGGAGCUAAAGCCGAGUACCCCAUACCUGGUCAAGUUGAAGGUUACUAAUGGUGCUGGCCUAUUUGUCACCGUCACCAGUUCACCUAUUUUGUAUGACAAAUCAGUCCCUGAAGCAGGACGGGUGUCUGAUGGAUUGGACUUUCAAUAUGAUGGUGUCUGGUUCAAUGAAAAGAUUUCAAUGACAGGAUCUUUCCUACACCUUGCUAGUCCAACUGCUGAGAAUUGUCCACCACGUCCAGUAAACAUGGUAAAUGCUUCUGGGUGGUUUAAGAUGGAACAGAACGGAUUCAAGGAUCCAACCUGUCUGGAGUGGGAUUUAGCCCAGAAGCCAGGUUUUGUUAUUAAGGACAUAUAUGAUGGCAUUGUCACCCUGAAAGUGGCCAGAGAUUCCAAGGAAGAAAAGGUCAACGCUGGUAUCUACUACCGAAAUGCUGAUAUGGAAAAUGGCGGUGACUAUCAGGUGAAACUGAAAGCUGCUGGAGGUGGUGGAAAGGCAGUGACUGAGAUCCUGUUCUGGGAUGGACCAGUGAAUGAAAUUGCUACACUAGACUACUAUGAGGACCCAGACUGGACCGUGGGACUUUGUUUGUGUUGUCUUAUCGAUCCUCCUCCUGCUGACUGUGCCUGCAAUUGUCCCUACUACUUACAACAAAAUAAUCUAACAGCAGCUCCUGCUGCCAGUGUCACUACUACUACUCCUGUCCCCACAACAACAAUCACUACCACAACGUCAGCUUAUGAUGUCAUUGAUAGCAACACUGUCGUAGACGGUGUUAAUGCUAUAGAUACCAGCUGCCCUCUCACUCAGAAGUCAUGUGGUGUACAGAUUCAUGCUGAAGACCCAGAUGAAGGACUUAAUAACCAGCUGGUUAUCUGGUGUCGAGAUUUCAAUGACACAGAAAAACUCAGCAAGACCGCUGUUGAUCUAACCUUCAACCCCUCAACCGCCUACCACAAGUAUCAAGUGAACUUUGUAGGAAUCAAGGAGGAAGCUGUUGACACUCAGUGGUGUAUGGAAGUGUUUGUAGAUUCUGAAUAUAUGGCCCAGCUGUGUGGAAUCACAGAGUUCUCCCUUGACACACUUUUAGUCUUCCAUGUGUUCAACAAAAACAACUUCAUCCCACCUAUUGUCUCAACAUUUGAACCAUGGUCAGCCAAGGCAUACAUCCAGGAGCUGAUUAUGCCUCCAGAGCCUGGUUCUCUUUGUCGUUAUGGCAUUCCCUUCAGAGGAGCAACAGAUCCAAUCCUUCAGUAUGAAGCGGGUAUAGGGACAACUAAACUUGGAACUGAAGCAGAGCCAUUCAGAGUGAUCGACACUCCUUGUAUCCCAUGCUUUGAUGAUUGUUCCCGGUUCAACUGUAAUAGCACCUGUAACCCUGACGACCGUAUAUUAAAAACUUUCACACUCGCCAAUCUCACCCUUGAACCAAAGCUGUAUGUGGAAAAUGAGACAGGGCAUGGUCAAUUAGAGGAUGUCACAUACUAUCUCACAGUGAGGGCCAUGGUUGGUUCUGGAGAAACAGCAGUGGUGUCUUCCAACGGAUUCUACAUUGAUGAAACACCACCAGCUUUUGACACAGAUGUAUUUAUCUACAUUGAUGUCAAUCAGGGUGAAUUUACCCCUACUUACUUCCAGUCCUCCAACAGCACUAUCAAGGCUAUCUGGCUUUGUGAGGACAGCGAAAGUCUCAUAAAGGAAUAUCAGUGGUCAAUUGGUACAACAGUAGGAGGACAGGAUCUACAGGACUGGGAAUCAGUAGGAGUGAAUCCUACUGGGAUCAACGCAACAUUUGAGGGGCUGCUGGAACAUAACACCACUUACUAUGUGUCCGUCAAGUGUACUAAUGGAGCAGGAAGUGUUGUGACUUAUAAUGACACUAAAGGUACCACAGUGUUGCUGGAGCCACCGGUUAUAGAUGAUGUUAACACAGUCCUGGAAGGAACAGAGCCUUUCCCUCUACCGGUUAUACCUGCCGAUGCAAAAGUAUUAAAUGACUCUACCUCACUCACAUGUACCUUUUCCAUGACAGCUGAUGAGAGUGUGGACCGUUAUGAUUUCUGUGUGGGAAGCACAGACGAAGAAGAUGACAUUUUCCCAUGCACAUACUCAGCCAUCAAUGUAACUACAAAGGUGGAGGUGAAAAAUGGUAACUUUUACAUCAAUGGCAUGCAGAUACGGGCUCUUUCCCAGUUACGACCUCCGAAGGUUGGAGAAAGUGCUGCAAAUCAGUCAAAUCCCUCUAACAGCAAAUUUCAACUGGAGCCAAUGAGACAAGCAGUUAUGUAUCUAAGGAUCUGUAAUAAAGCUGUGCUAUGUACCAACAAAACUGUUGCUACCACUGUGGUUGGAAGUGCUGGUAUGAUGAGUGGUACCUCCUCCAAUGGGUCUAGUGUUGUCAUUACCUUUACACUGGGAUCAGCAAGACGAAGGAAACGAGCCACUAACGACAUCAAUAUCCACACUUCUGGAGGGUUACAAGCAGGCCAGACUAUUGUUGUGUCACCCUUGGAUGAUGCGGCGUUACAGAAGGAGUAUCGGUCAGACGCUUCCCUUUCCUAUGUACCUUACAUAGUCGACCCAGCAACAACCAAUGACCUUACGGAACGAUUGCUACGGAAACGGUUCCUCGGAUAUUCUGAUAGCUUUGCGAUAGGAUCCCUUGGCCACAUUGAGUUACCAGGACCUCUACUGGUGACUUACCCAGACACUGUUGGAAACGUUACAAGUGGCAACAGGACCAUGUUGCUGCACUGGAACAAAUUACAAAACCAGUGGGAAAUCAGCAGUGAGUCAUGCCAGUACGAGAUUGACCGCGAAGUAUUUAACGGGGAUGGCACCGCCACAGUCAAGGUUUGUGAAACACACAGAGAGGCUGUUGAAAAUGCUACCGACUCCAUCCCUGAUAGCUCCAGUCGUAGGCGUCGACGAUCAGUUGUAAAUGCAGACUCCUAUUUUAGUUCAGAAACACAAUUUGUGUUAGCAAAUACGGCAGCAGAACCAUUCAACUCGCCUCCAGUCCUGGAAAGUGACCCCAACAUACUGAUGCUGGAGGAUGAAGGCAUUAUUCAGUACCAGUUAAUCUCAUCUGACCUGGAGAAUGACACUGUGGAAUUUUUUAUUGACAUCCCCUCUGGGAAUGAGACAAUGGGAACAGCACAAAUAUCUACAAGUGGUUUGUUGUAUUACACCCCUUGUUUAGACUGCAAUGGCCUAGACUAUAUUUACAUCACAUUGGUUGAGGUCCAAUCCGACCCAGAAAUACCACCUGCAAACACUUCGGUGAUCCUGAUUGUAAACAUCACGAAUGUGAAUGAUCCUCCAGUGAUUUUUGUGUCACAGUUUGGUGACAGUGUCCUUAAUGAAGAUGUCACUGAACCUAUUGUUGUAUACCUGGAACAGAAGAACAGCUGGAACUCUGAAAAAUGGUCAACUACUGACUCCUACCUGUUACUUGGAGCAUAUGAUGUAGAGAUGGAAGACCUCAGCGUUUCCUAUACAGAACCAGCUGUGGGCACUAUACUAUCCUCUACACAUUAUACAGAUGUUCCUGAAGUUGGCCUCUGUCCGGCAAGUCCUCAGGACAGAACAGCGACAAUGUUCCCGUGUGGAAACUUUAGCAUCGAGAUCCCUCAUGAUCCUGUUAAUAUGUCCUGGUUGUACUUUACACUUAACUACUCACAGCCGGAUGGAUUCUCUGGAUUAGUUUUCUCCAGGUUUUAUUUCAAUGACACUGCAAACAAGACAUCAGACGUCAUCACUGUACAAUUUACAAUACUGGAAUCUCCUUGUCACAAUUCUGGCUCAUGUCGUCCAAAGAGCAACAGUAGCUAUCCGUGCCAGAAUGCGUACCGCAUCAGUAAUUUUGACCAGUAUUACGAUUGUGAAUGUCAGCCAGGGUACACAGGUGUAUACUGUGAGAUAGACAUUGACGAGUGUGUUAGCUCUCCUUGUCCAGCUCCUUUUGUAUGCACAGACUUAGUGAACCAGUACGAGUGCCUGUGUGAAGAUGGAGAUCUCCGCUGUAAAUUUGAGGCUUGGAUGAUAGCUCUGAUUGUCUUUGCCUGUAUUCUCAUCAUCAUCUUGAUUCUUCUAUGUCUAUACAUCAGAAAGGUCAAGAAGAGUGGUCAUUUUGCUUGGGUGGAAAAAUACAUCUUGUGUCGACAGAAACAUGACUCCAUGGUGUCUUUGAAGAGCGAUAGUGACUUGUCUGAUAGAGUUUCUGCCCUUUUGUCUUCAAGUCGUUUUGCACCUCUGACUGAUGUAGAGGUCAAUUUUCUAGCUAGACUUGGUAAAGACAUGUUAAGUUCACAUUCAGAUGAACUGAGAAAGAAGUCCUGA